AUGGCUCUACCAAAAGCGAGCUUGGGUAACGGUUCUAGACUCUUACUCGUUUUUAUCACAUGUGUUUGUGUGUACUGUGGCCCAACAGAACAAAGCCUCCGAAACAAUGAGUCCGGUACAUUAAAGCGGACUAAUCUCAACCAAAAGUCGGGAUGGUUUCAACAUGAAAGGUUUCGCGGAGAGUUGUCUGAUGCUGUUACGAAGUGUUCCGACUCUCAAUGCUUCGGGGAUAAAACAACAUUUGAAAAUUUAGGUUGCUACUGCGACGAAGCUUGCUAUAAAAUUUUCUCUGACUGCUGUCCAGAUUAUGAAAAGCAAUGCGGUCAACAGCAAUUGCUCGAGGAUAAAACUUCAGUAUGGAAAUGUCUCGAAUUUGAAGUGGAGAGACGGGGCUGUCUCAUGGCAGGUCCGAUUGGAGUUUGGAUGAUUUCUAAAUGUCCAGCAGACCGGCCUUUUGAAGAGUUAAGAACAAAAUGUGAAAAUAACCCGCUGUCGUUUUUCGGGUAUCCCGUAGAGGAUUUUAUUCCGGUGGUACGAGAGAAAGACGAGACAUAUCGGAAUAAGCAUUGCGCUGUGUGUAAUGGCGUGGAAAAUUACACUUCAUGGGAAGUUGAGGUUUUUACAUACGUCAUUCCCCCCGAUCAGUUAGACCUGGAUUCUAAACUGAAGUUUAUCGAAGACAAUGGAGGUUGGAUUAAGAGUGUUCUACCUGGUCGGGGACAACCUUGGAGAUUUUGUUUUGGAAAGAAUUUUAAAGACAAGUGUAGUUCCAUGAAUCAUUCACUUUACAGGGCUUGUGUUGAAGGCCCCGUUGAAGUCGUUGAUGGUGAAGGCUCUUACUUUAAAAAUAGUGCAUGCGCAGAAUGUAAUGGAUGGGAUAAUAUCGACUCUUAUGAUCUAGACACAAGGUGCAAUGGGUCACAACACCCUGGCCCCGAUCCUGAAGGAUUUUCCAUCGUGUUUAACUUAAGAAAAGCGAGUGAAAGAUCAACAAUUACUCCUGCUUGUCCCCGCGAUACUGUUUAUGAUACAACCUUAAAGUUCUGUCGAGAAGGGUAUAUUAUUUCAUCCAGUGGUAAACUGACGAGUGAGUUUUUUAUACUAUUAUGGUUCAAACUGUCUCGAGGAUGGAUAGCAAUUCAUUCAACCAUAGAAAAUAAUUUUAAAUUAGCGCUAAUUUAUCGGUUUUCGCUUCAAGACGAUCAAAUUUCAAAAAUUACUUUCCACAUGCAAAACCGUAAACCACCGCCGCAUGAUUUUGUCGUUGCAACGUUUCGUUUAACAUUAACGCCAUUUCAAAGCUUACUAAUGGCUAACCAACACAAGUCCAUCUUUAAUGUUACAAACAAGAACACUGCUUUCUUGGAACUUUUGAACUUUACAGAAAAUUUUGCCUUAUUAUGGAAAGAGAUUACUUUUAUUGUGGUCAAGAUGACUUCGAAACAGCUUUCAUGCUACGACGAAAAGAAGCUUCAAUCACAUGAAUACAAAGUCGAUAAAGAAAAUGGAAGCUUGAUCGUAAAUAAAACGGGAAAAAUAUUUUCACUUGAGGAUCAUACUUUAAUUAAAGAAGAAGACGGAAAUAUUACAUUAUGUCGCAAACUGCUGCUUUCAGAUUGCAACGAAGGUGCAUUUGUGCCUUUAAGUCCAGACGAAUACGUGGUCUUCCCUAAUUUGACAGUUUAUCACAAUGCAACAGAGAGAGUUUUCAAGUUUGGCGAGUAUCUAAUGAGUGAAAAUAAAGGGACUAGGAAGACUUCUAAUAUAACUCAGACUUCUAUUUUAUCACAUCAUUCAACGAUUUCCGUUUGUUUACCAUUUAAAGAUACCUUUCCAAAAACUGAAGUAAAAUACAGUGCGAACACGGCAAGUUACGCGCUACGGACUCUGGCAUUAAUUGGUUUCAAUGUUUCGAUUGUUUGCUUAAUGUUACUUUUGAUAACUUAUGGAUUAUUCCAAGAUUUAUGGGCAAUCUCAGGGAUAAGUUUAAUGAACUUAAGCUUGUCAUUGUUACUGUCACAUUUAAUAUGGUUGACAGACACCAGUCACUUCACGGAGACAAAAACAUGUACAGUUUUUGCGAUUUUUGAACACUAUUUUUUCCAAGUAUCGUUUCUAUCAAUGUCCGCCAUCUCCUACCAUUCCUCUUACAUUUUCUUACAACCUUUCGCUGGAAGGUUUUCCUACAAACCUUGCCGGAGGUUGAUCAUGUAUUCAGCAUUCGUGUGGCUAGCGUCUGCCAUAUUUGUCGCAAUUUGUGUCACUUUGGACAAAAGUGAAACAUUCCUUGUGGACUAUGGAACAAGUUGUUGGUUGGGAAAUGUAAACGCUAAGCUGUAUUUAUUCUUACUCCCCCUGGCUAUAUUACUGUCCUUUAAUAUCGUUACUUCCAUCCGUACAGCACUCGGUUUAUAUCGUCAUGACAAGGAAAGAUCCCGGACCUUAGAACGCCAGGAAAGAAAACAAAAUCUUCUCAUCCGCACAAAACUUGCGACGCUGGUCGGAUUUCCCUGGCUGAUUGCGUUUGUUGGCGUGCUGUUUCCCAAUGUCGAAGCAUUCGAAUACAUGUUUGUUAUUUUUGUUUGUUUACAAGGAUUGUACAUUGGAAUGGCGUUUCUGUUUAACAAGAAAACUCUGAUGCUUGGGUCGUUGGAAUAUCAGCUAGAGAGGAAAUGCAUAUCUUCUUAUAAUCCUGAAGCAACUUUUGAAAUGACAUAA